AUGGCACCGACGGGCUGGCUCGAUGUUCAUACACAUUUCUUUCCUCCCUUGACGGACGAGCAAGCGGAGGAGAUGGCCCAAGCACUAUGCAAGGGCAACUUCAUGGUAUCUGCGGCGUCACUCCAUUGGAGCGCCGAGAGGGUCAUUGAGCACAAUGACAGUGUCGGCGUGCAGAUGUCUCUGCUCAGCUACUUACCUUAUCCGCACGAGAAACUGAGAGCUGCCAAUGAUCUCGGACACAACAUUGUGAUGAAAUUCCCGCAGCGAUUUGGGCAACUUGCCGCUCUCCCCACUGACGACGCAGAAGCUUGUCUGGAAGAGAUAAGAAGAGUAGAUCAAUGGGAUCUUCGGCCUGAUGGCUUUGCGGCAACCACGGUGUACAACGAAGUUCCACUCAGCGACCCAAGGCUUGAAAGGGUAUGGGAAAUCCUCAACCGCCGAGAUGCAGUGGUCCACAUACAUCCGAACGCAUAUGUCGCAGGGACGUAUGGAAAGCCUAGCCCCCUAAUCGAUGUUGCAUUCGAUACAGCGAGAGUCGCCACCGAUAUGCUGUACAAAGGGGUGUUUCGACGGUUUCCGAAUAUUAAGUUCAUUUUCGCCCACUGUGGAGGUGCCCUCCCAGCACUCUCUGGACGAAUCAGCCUCCUAGGAACAGAAUCAUGGGUUCCAAAUCCAGAAAAGUUGACGCGGGAAGAAAUUGAGAAGCAGCUAUCAAGUCUCUAUAUCGACACUGCCGCAACAGCCAAAACUGGGCUAGCCCCCGCUGCAAACAUGGUCGGCAUUGGUCAUUGUCUUUACGGGUCCGAUUGUGGAGUUCCUUGCUCGACUUCAAGCACCAUGAACGAGAACAAGGAGGAUGUAAUGGCUUUUGAGAAGCUCCAGGGGUUGCCUGCAGGCUCGAUCGCGAAGAAUACAUGGGACCUCUUUCCCGAUGCAGCCAAACGGGCGGAUCAAAGUGCUCCAUUGUCCAAUGGUAUACAUUGA